AUGGUAAAGACUACUAAACCAAAAUAUAUACCUCCGCUAGGGUUUUCACCUGUGGUAAGCACAGAUGUCUCAAUAUACCGUUCUGGAUAUCCAAUGCCUCUGAAUUACCCAUUUAUUAAAGAUCAACUUAACCUUAGGACUAUAAUAUAUAUUGGUGAUCGAAAAGAUAUCUCAGAAGAAUAUUCUAAAUUUCUAGAAGAUGAGAAGAUUAGCUAUCAUCAUAUAUUUAUGGAUUCCUGUAGAGAUGAGGGUAUUGAAGAUAGAAUGAACGAAGUAUUGAACCUAGUUUUAGAUGUUGGCAAUUACCCAAUUUUAAUACAUUCGAAUAAAGGUAAGCAUAGGGUAGGUGUUGUUGUUGGUAUAAUACGCAAACUGUUACAAGGUUGGUCAACAGCAGGAAUUUAUCAAGAAUACAAUAUAUUUUCAGGAGGUUUAAAAGGUGAUGCAGAUUUAGAAUUUAUCACAAUGUUUGAAACAGAUUUAGUAAUAUCAAGAAAUAAGAUCCCACAGUUUGCAGUCAUCAAUGAACCAAUCGAUAAUACCCAGAAGGAUUAA